UUUAACUGAACUAAGAGGAUUCGACAACUUUUGAUCCUUGACGCCAUUUAUUCGGCUUCAUCCCAUUAGUCUGGUGAACGCAGAUGCCAUGGCGAGCUUUGUUUCUUUUUCUAAUUUCUUCGCUACCCGAAACCCAAUCCCACUAUCAUAUCUACCUGCUUCUCACUCCUUCAGUUCCAAUUCCCGGAGAACCAAUGCUCUACUCAAAUCCGAUUACUCUUGCUUUGAAGUUAGGGAUUUAAGCUAUCGACCUCCAGGGACAGAGCAUUCUCUUCUCAACGCAGUUAAUUUUUCCCUUCGAGAGAAAAGUUUUGGGUUAAUUUUUGGACCGAGUGGAAGUGGGAAAACUACUUUAUUGCAGCUUCUUGCAGGUCUAAGCAAACCAACGUCAGGUUCCAUUUGUGUCCAAAAGUACGAUAAAGAUGGCAAACCAUGUCAGUCUUCUCAGCCAUUAACCCCUGAGAGAGUUGGCAUUGUCUUUCAAUUUCCAGAGAGGUACUUUAUCACAGACAGUGUGCUUAAUGAAGUCACAUUUGGCUGGCCCCGGCAAAGGAGUGAUUUUCAUUUGAAAGAGAACCUUGCCAUGAAACUCCAAAGAGCAAUUAAUUGGGUGGGAUUAAAUGGCAUAGCCUUGGACAAAGAUCCUCACUCUCUAAGUGGUGGCUACAAGCGCCGCCUUGCCUUGGCAAUUCAAUUGGUGCAGAUCCCAGAUCUGUUAAUACUGGAUGAGCCUCUAGCUGGUCUUGAUUGGAAGGCUCGUACUGAUGUCGUGAAGCUUUUAAAGAAUCUAAAGAAAGACUUAACUGUUCUCAUUGUCAGCCAUGAUCUCAAAGAGUUCGCUGGCUUAGUUGACAAUUCAUGGAGAAUGGAAAUGGGCGGUGUUCUUAGAGAAGAACCUCUCCCUAUUUAAUUUGUAACUUCUAACCACGCGUUAAUGCUCAUGCCACGGCAUCAAUUGUAUGCAGUUUUAUUCUUGCUUUUGCAAGUCACAGCAUCAACUCAAGGACCAAAACUGGUUGGAGACUCUCACAGGCUUAUGGUAACCAACCCAUUUUGAAUUAUUGAAUCUCUGUUAAUUCAAUAACAGUUUGAAAUAUUCAACAUUUCUCAAAUUUGGUCUAAAGGCCAUUUCCAAAUCUUACCAAACAUUGUCAUUAAAUAUUUGUAUCCCUCUUCAAAUGAGUUGUAAUGUAUGAGAAGUUUGAAUUUGUUGUAAUUGUCAUUAACAUCAUGGAAACAAUUAGUGGCCACAGUUUUGGAAGCUUAGGAUUUUGGGUUCA